AUUUCCUUUUUCUCACAAACGCCCAUUUGUCUCCCGGAAUCUGCCCGUGCUUUGCAGUUUCAUCACGGAUUUGAUCAUAGUAAGUCCGAAACCAGCAGUCACGAAUAGCUGCAACAAGCGUGGAUGCAUGUAGACGUGCCAGGUGGUCGCUACGCUUAAGCACGGUCAAGGUAUCCAGCCAUGACUUGAGACGCCGAAUGUGGAUCUGCAUCUACCCAAACAGGCAGGUCAUCAAAGGUGACAGAAAGGCACCAUCUUCUCGCUCGCUUACUUUUUCCUUACCUUUCCCAGCCGUUCUGUUGCACAGAACCACAUCAGACUGAUUUGAUCCGCAACUACCAUGGCAAACACAAGCACAGAAACCGCGAUCCCCACCGCUGACUGUGACAAGGUGGAUGAGCAGGCCAACAUCAAGUCCGAACCAAUACAACUAUGUCUCUUUUCCGAACCCAUCUCGGCCACGGAUGCUUUCGCACGCACAGCUCGUUAUGCAGCGGAUCCCACAGAGUACCUUCGAGAAGCUCUCGGCUCAGGAAUCUUCGAGGUCCGCAAGACCAUGCUAUCUCUCCCCAAGACUGUCGACAUGGAUCGCUACGGCACCGGCGCACACAAGCAACAUUUCGAACAUCACAUCGCGAACUUCCUCGGCAAGAAGCACGCUCUCUUUUUCGUCACUGGUGUCCAAGCUCAGUUGGCCGCCUUGAAGAUUUACUGUGAUCGCGCGGGCCGACAGAUCGCAGCAUGGCAUAUCUCGUCGCACCUGGAGUCCGCCGAGGAGCGUAGCUUUGAGGCACUAUACAGUCUACGAAGAGUCCUACUCGGAUCAGACCCAGAGGCUCUGCCGACACUUGAUGAGAUCAAGAAGGUCCUCGAGCUCCCCGAGACCGAGCGCCCUGCUGUAGUUGUGAUCGAAGUCCCGAACAGAGUGUUGGGCUGUAAGACCUACACUUUCGAACAGCUAGCGCGGAUCUCGCACUUCUGCAAAGAAGCAGGCGUAGCUCUGCACAUGGAUGGGGCUCGUUUAUGGGAGAUUGAACCUUACUAUAACGCCACAGCCGGCAAGUCGUUCAUCGAUGUCGUAUCCCUCUUCGACACCGUGUAUGUCAGCUUCUACAAAGCGCUUCGAGGCAUCACGGGAGCCAUGCUCGUGAGCGAUGAUGAGUCAAUGAUCGACGAAGCGAAAGUGUGGCAACGAAGGGCCGGCGGUAAUUGCUACUCGCUCGCCUUCAAUGUCACGGACUGCGAGCGAGGAUAUAAUGAGAACAUCGGCACGUUUUCAGGGAAGCGGCAAAAAAUGAUUGAGAUUGUUGAUGCCAUCAACGCUGCCACUGCUAAGUACAAAACGCCGGACGGGAGGCGCAUUGUUAACUUUGUGCCCGAGAAGGCAACGUGCUGUCAGAUUCACACCGUCUUUGCCGGCUUCCUGGCAGACGAGCUUGUGACAGCGAGAGACACGGUACGAAAGGCAACGGGCGUGAGUGUUUUCGAGAGGCUGAGACCAAAGGAGACUGUUGAUGAGAAGAUGCGAGAAGAGCGCAGCAAGCAGGCGGCGAAGACGGUGCUAGAGGGCGCAAACCCGGAUAAAGACCGACAAUUUAUGGAGUGGAUGAUCACUAGCGUGAACGAAAAGCUCGAAACGAAGGUGUUUGUAGACGUGUAUGUUGCGCUUUGCAAUGAGUUGGUGAAGGAAAGGAAGUAGAGGCCGAUGGGGAUUCCGGACGGGACGAGCGGGUAGGGCUGUCGUCCCGGUCUACCAUGGCGUCAAUAAAGACGAUCAACAGC